CAACAUCCGUAAGUCUUGAAUUACUCACUGGGGUGCUGACAUUAUUUUCGAACUGUGAAAUAUCUGCAAGAAUGUUCAGAAAUGAGUAUCAGGGUGGCCCAUUUGUUGAAAUAUUCAGUGCUCAAGGCAAGAAUCCAGGAGCAAAAUGGAAGAUCUUUGGCAGUCCAUCAGCAAUUUGGAAAGAAUUUGAUAAAGAAGUAAAAGGCUUUGUUUUUGUCCUUGAAGGAAGCAGUCAAACAAACAAGAUUCAGCUACCAAAGGAAACUAGACAAACUCUUGGACUGAUCCAGCGGUUUCUGGUACUUCAGAUUUAUGUGCCAUUGGGACAAGACUUCUCUACUGAAUUGCUGGUAACUGAUUUAGGAAACAUUAAAAGAAGAUUGUAUUUAUCAACGGUCCAUAAGGAGUUAUCUGUAACCCCUCUGCAUGCAAAACUUCCUCUUUUUAUGAUCAAACGCAAAAUAUGGUGCAAUUUGUGCAUUGACUUGGUAGCAUUCACCAGUGAAAUAUUCAAAGGAGCUGUUUUCCAGUCUUUGGAUGGAAUUAUCAUCUCAGCUAACUGUAAACUGAGAAAGAUCUUCACUUUGAAAUCAAAGCCUCAAGAUACAGCUGAGGAAGAUGAUAUAUUUGGUCUUCCAUUCACAGCUGAUGACCCCACAGAUACUAUUCCUCGAACCUGUCAGCUAAAUACAGAUGUGCCACAAGUCACACAACUGCUGAACAUGACUAAACUUCGCCAACCAGAAAUAAGAUUUGGAGGGCGUCCCUUAACUUCAUCAGAAUCAGUAGACCAGUUAAUUAAUAGAGGACAAGGCAGUACACACAACAGUAAAAAUCAAGAUGUGUCUCACAUUGCAUUUGGAUCCAAGGUCCUUGGACCACCUCCACCUUCUGGCAGAAGAUUCAACUCCAGGGUAUCUGGAGAGAUAACAAAGUCCUUGGGUAGCCGAAGUAGCAGAUCAUGCCAACAACUGACAUUAGAAAAAGGAAGCGAGUCAAUACGAGAUACCAAGAGAUCUGGACUGUCUCCCUCACUGUUCUGUACGGCUUUUGAUCAAGGAGACAAAGAAAAUAUUCACCAAACAAAUCAGUUUACAAGUCAAAACGAUGACUGGGUAUUUCCUGAAAAUUGCAGUGACAGUUUUCAGAUUGAUUCCAAUGGACAGCCAGUAGCUACCCACAAUACAUCCUGCAGUAAUUUAUCCCUGCCACCAAAUACUGAUGUUGAAAGUGAAAGCAAGCAAACAGGGGAACACCAAAUAAGCCAUAAAGAGAUUUUCACAUUUUCGUCGAGGCCUCGAUCAGCUCCUCAUGGGAAGUCCCCGAAUAUGUCGCCAGAAGGCUGCAUGUCUCCUUUGGAUUUAAAUGAGGACAGUGAUGGGUUCUGUAGAGGAGCCCAAAUGGAAGAUGACUUUUAUGGAAGUGACAGCAAUGAAGAGGAUGACCCCAGUGAAUUCAUCCAAAGUGCUUCAAACCUCAAGACCAGCCUCAGUACCUCAGGGUCAUCUGAUUCUACAGUUUUUAAAGUGAUCCCCUUAAAGAUGAUGUCAGGAAGUCCUGAGCACUGGAAGUAUAAAGAAUAUAGCAAACAUAGCCACCUGGAAACACUAUCAUCAGCCCCACAAGAUUCGGUUGUGAAAAAAGUAGAGCCUGAUAAUAUUCCAAGAAGCUGGAUGCCUACCCCCUGUCUUUCUCCAACUGGAAGUAAACCUGAAUUCUUUAAGGAAAGCCCAAGCACCUCUGAAAAAACAAAGGAUACAUCAGUGAGUCAAUUAAGAGCAUCAAUAAGUAAAAAGUCCCUCAAAGAAAUCUUAAGAGAGAAUUCAAGUCUGAAAGCUGAGACUACUGAGUAUGACUGGAGAAACUACCAGCCAAGCAGAUUGAGUGCAUCUGAACUACAGAUGUUGGCUAGUAUGAAGAGACAACAAAACGAAGAGCUAGAGGAUAAUGGGAUCUCACAUGGACUGAGUGCAUCUCAGAUUGACAACUGUAAUGUCAGCAUCAGUACAAGCAGUGAUGACACAACAACAUGGAACUCUUGUCUCCCACCACCUGUCAAUCAAGGUCAUCACUAUCAAAAAGAAAUGAACCCACUUCCUCAUUCCAAUCCAAGGGACUGGUUAAAUGUGUUCAGCCCCCCCAUAAUUCUUCCAAGCCAAGAGCUAGCAAAGCAUAUUGAAUCUUCAGCAAGUCUAAAUAUUCCAGGUGAAGAUGACUUCAGUGCUGAGGAGGAUGAGGAAGUUCUGACUCUUUUGUAUGAUCCAUGUCUAAACUGUUACUUUGAUCCAGAAACUGGAAAAUACUAUGAAUUGGCUUAGCUAAUUCCUGGUUCAGAGAAUAUUGCUCUCCAUCAGAACAGAAUUAACAUCUAUUUCUCUGUAAAGUAUUAACCAGAAUGUAACAUUUUAUUGCGUAAUUUAAAAGUUUGAAUCCGUAAGUCAUUUUGCAAGC